AGGAUGACUAACCAGGAGGGAGGAGGGCUGCUGGCUGUCUCGUUACACCAGUUGGAGCCUUCUUUACCAGAACAGCAAAUUCCAAGUUUUACUCCAAAAAUCUGGAUGCUGCCCCAACCAUGGCUAAGCCAGGUGAGCCACUUUCUCUGGGAAAAGACCAUCCAGAGCCGAGCUAAGCCUGGCCCCACAGGAUGGUUCUGAAAGAAGCCUCUGCAGACCUGCUUGUGGCGCUCCUCUACACCUUGAUGCCAGCUUUACUCCCAGAUGCAGCUGCCAUUCUACCAGCCCCUCUGGACCUUUCUGUACAUUCUAUUAACAUGAAGCACAUAUUGACUUGGAGUCCUGUGAUUGUCCCUGGAAAAAUAGUAAAUUAUUCAGUUGAGUACCAGGGAGAAUAUGAAAGAUAUUAUACUAGUUCCACCUGGAUCCCCAGCAGUUGGUGUUCAUCCAUUAGUACCCCAGAAUGUAACGUUACAGAUGACAUCACGGCCACUGUGGCUUAUAACUUUCGGGUCAGAGCAACACUGGGCAAUCAGAGUUCAGCCUGGAGCACCCUGAAAGAGCUUUUCAAUCGCAACUCAACUAUCCUCACCUCUCCCAGAAUGAAAAUGAGCAAGGAUGGUUAUCAUUUAAUAGUGGAAUUUGAAGACUUGGGGCCAUAUUUUGAAUUCAAUGUUACUUAUUGGAGGAAGAGCCCUAAUUCUCAGGUACUCUACAAAAUUGUGAGAGAAGGUGGUAGUCUAGUACAUCUGGAGACUAUGGAGGCCGGAGCUGAGUACUGUGUGAAAGCCCAGACCAUUGUGGAAGUUAUCGAGAGAAGCAGUGCCUUCAACCAGGUGGAAUGUGUUAGAGCACAAGAUGAAUCCCCUUUGCUGGUUCUCGUCCUGUUCGCCUCGGUUGCUUUUGUACUAUUUCUAGUGGGUGUGCCUCUCUUGGUCUGGAAAAUGAGCCAAUUGCUGAGAUACUCCUGCUGUCCUGUUGUUGUCCUUCCAGACACUUUGAAAAUAACAGAUUCACCUCAGAAGUUAAUAAGCUGUAAAAGGGAAGAUGUUGAACCCUGUGACACAAUUGUUCGAGUGAUGUAUCCAGAAGAGCUCUUCCGUUCAUGGAUCCAGGAAGCUUUAUAGAGUACUGUGGCUGGAACACAGAUCAGAAGGCACCAGGAGCUGUUAGAGAGAAGGACUUCACUUAGAAAAGGGACCAAGAACAUCCAAGAUACACUGCAGUAUUUGUCUGAACUACCAAUUAGACAGAAAUAGCUUCAGGAAGACUCUUACCAGAGAUAUCUUGGUAUCACAGAAGGUGCAUUGGACUGGAGAUUGGAGAUCGAGGCUCCAGUCUUGGUUCUGCUGCUAACUAAGGAUAUGAAUAUGGGCUAGUCACUUCUCUUCUCUGGAUUUCAAGUUUUUCAUCUAUAAAAUGGUGAAGUUGGUCUAGACGACCACAGAACUUUAUGAAACAGUCAUUCUAGGUGGAUUCUUUCUGAUAUAUUCAUGGUAUAAGCUAACCUUUGUGAUAGCCAAGCUAAAACUUGGCAAUAGGGUCUUCUACUCAGAUACCUUCAUAAGCACUCUUACCAUGAACCCUGGAGAGUUGUGUCCUUUCAUAGACAACCCCUAACCCCACCACUACAGGAACUGCUUGAGUGAUAGCUUUGGGAAUAUUGAUAUCCAUUUGGUCAUUGCAGGUUUUGAAAUAUGUUGGUUGAAGAUCAUUCAUUUCCAGUCAUUGUUAUUACCUUUAAAACUUCUUUUUGUUGAAAAGGGAAUGGGGGUCGCAACUUUUGGGGGAGCAUAAAGACUUGGUGAGCCAUUUGGGGAGGACUUUUUUGAAAUGAGAUGCCCUGAGGACUUGCAGCAGGUCAUGGCGAUAGCGGGACAUGGAAAAGUGUAUAGUAAAGGGUCAAAUGAUUUAGGAUAGCAGCUUAUAGUCAUGUUCUUCCAUCUGUCACAGGUGAACCUUUCCUAUUAGACUGUAAGCUCCUUGAGGGCAGAAAUCACAUCUUGUUUAUAUUUUUAUUUCUUUGAAAGCUAGAAAAGAGACCUGCCCACAUAAUGUGCUUAAUAAAUGUUUGCUGGCUGGAUGAAAGUACAAAUUA